AUGGACUUCAAUAGACUGCAGUAUGACUGGGUGGGCAGGCUAAGUUUUCAGGACACCUUGCAAUGGUCCCAGUCUCUGAAUCAACUUCUCAAGUCAAAAUAUGGUUUAGCUACAUUUCGCAUUUUUCUCAAAUCAGAAUUCAGUGACGAAAACAUAGAGUUCUGGUUGACAUGUGAGGACUACAAGAAAAUUAGUUCAUGUCUUAGAAUGUACUUCAAAGCCAGAAUUGUCUAUAACCAGUUCAUUAAACCAGGGUCCCCUAAAGAGAUAAACAUCGACUACCACACGAGGGAGAAAAUUAGAAGCAACAUUAGGAGCCCAACAUCUCACAGUUUUGAUGAGGCCCAAAAGAUUGUGUAUGGACUCAUGGAGCGUGACUCAUAUCCCAGGUUUCUGAGAUCUGAGAUGUACAGGAAUCUCCUGGAUUCUCUAGCUGUGGAUGUUGCUAAUAUAUGACAAAGUAAAACGAUAAUCUAUGCAGAGAGAAAGGACCUUUACCAGCAUUGUUACAGCAGCACUUUUGUAUCAGAAUUUGGUGCAUACUUUCAAUACAGACUAACUUAAUACAUGUGAGUAGAGUAAAAUAUCGCAUUGUGUAAAAGAAAUUGCAACACUAAUUUAUUACAUUUCAUUUGGGUUCAUGAAAACAUAAAUUAAACAGUCUGGAUUCACUUCAUGUAAAUCCUGAAGAAACCUUUUCUAACUGGGCCACAACAGUGGGCUGCAAAUCAGUUUAAUCAAGCUCUUUAUGUACAGCAAUGGUGCUUAGACUGUAGCACAAGCGCCACAUAUA